GUGCGGCUCAUUGGAAACGCAAACAAACGUGAGCGAGCAAAGCAGAGUGGUGGUUCUGACAGAUUCGCUGCAUCCAUACAUCCAUAGCAUCAUGUCAUCAAAGUCGCCCCGUCAGAGCCGACGAAGCGUGUCCUUACGAGAAUCCAUUGCUGUUAUUGAGGCACCCCCACUGCCAACGACAGAAAGCUUCGUGUUUCCAGAUGGCUCCAAGUACAUUGGCGGGUUUCAGAUCUCGGAGCGCAAGUUUGUGGUGCGCGAAGGCAAAGGGUUGAUGAAGUUUGCCAACGGAAGCAUUUACGAUGGCGAGUGGUCCAACGACAAAAUGCACGGUCACGGCAAGCUCACCUUGUCGGAUGGGACACAGUAUGAGGGAAGUUUUGAGAACGGGGAGUACAGCGGCAAUGGCACCCUCACCCUAGCUAACGGAACCACAUGCUCAAGCACAUUUGCAAACAACACACCUGUCGGAAACACGACGUUGGUGGAUGCUGCCGGGAAGAAGUGGGUUGCCGUGUGGGGUGAGGGCACAGGCGCCUUCAAGCCGUGCUUGUGAGUGUGCGUCUGUGUCUGUGUCUGUGUGUGUCUGUAUCUGUGUGUGUGU